AGUUGAGGCGUGUUGGGAAUUGCACGGAGCAGUCAGUCGAUCACAGCGUAUUGAGCUGCUCAUACAUUCUAUAAGAGGACUCGUCAUAUCAAUACUCCUUCUCGUAGUUAUAUAUGUGCGGAUGAUUAGUUUUUUUCAAGGUUGGAUUUAGUUUACAUUUGACAUGAUAAUCAUGACUGAGUGUAGCAAGUCCAGGGACAUUUAAGUCAGGAAACCGUUGGAGUUACAAUCGACUUCCAGCAUCUGGGACAUGUUUAGUAUACAGUAUAUGGACGAAUUUCAGCAGAGAAACACUAUAAUAUGGAAAUGCCAAGCUUGACAUUCGCAGUAUCACUACACAGAAAUCUGGAAUUUAUUCAGUCAUCAAUUUACUAAAGUUCUUAACUUUGAGUAAGAAGUUUGUGCGAUAUUGUUACGGUUGUGACAAACUGACAGUUGUGAUUAUCAUCCAUGUUAUCGAUCACGGAUGAAACAUCGUUGAACAAAAAUGGCAGAUCAGUUUCUAGAGGACCACACGUCGUGCGAUGAGUGCGGGGAGAAAUGGAAAAGUGUGACAGACGGUAAUGAACCAAAUGCGCGCUACCUCACGAGAAGAAAGUUAUGUUCGGAAUGUGCGCGGGGAAAGUGUGCCGACUCCAUCAUGGAUUCCCCGUCAUCGUCAUCAGUAUCGAGCAUGAGGUGCCGUGAGCAUCGACAUCGAGAUGUUUUUCUGUAUUGCAUAAAAUGCUGCCAACCGAUUUGUGAUGUCUGCGUGCAUCUAACGCACUCUGGGCACGAAUACGAGGACAUUAAUAAAGUUGUGGAGGAAAGGCGAAGAAGUACGAGACAGCUUCUCGAUAAAAUUGUCGACAAGGACAAGGAGCUCGUGUUCGAUCGUCGUCAUAUCGACGAAUGCGUCGACGCCGUCAACGAGCGCUUCAAGAGAUUAAUAUAUGCCGUGCUUGUCCGCGUUGAGGAGAGAUCGAGAAGCAUUAAUGACGACUACUGCGUUUCUGCGAGAAAGAUUGAAAACCGCGCCAAAGAAGAGAAGCUGAAAAUAGACAGAUGGAAGGACAAUCGUUUGAGGGAGAUCAAAGAGGAGAGAGAUGCAGAGAGUCGAGAAAUUAAGCAAAGACAGUGUGUAAUGAUGCAGGAGCUUGAUGAUGUAAAGCAGAAGUUGUUGUCUCAAAUCGAGGAGAUACGCGAGGGUUUGGAUACGGCCGACGAGAUUAUAAUGGAAGCGAAAGAAAUUACGGAAAGAACAUUGACUUAUGGGAGCGAGGAACUACUACAGAUGGAUGCCCCGGUGACAUCUAACUCGCGCCUUAAAGAAUGCAUGGAGCUGGAGUUGGACGAAGACAUGAUUAAUACGGUGAAGGCCAUCGCAGAGAGUGUGAAGUUCGAGCCUGAGAAGAGCGAUGUUGAAAGGACGAACUUACUCGGCAGGUUCGUCACCACUGCACCUGCAUGGUGCAAGGAGCAUACGAUUCAAGUCGGCCUACCACAGUUUCGGCUGCUGAAUGCGACCACGGACACGAAUCGCGUGACCUUUACGGGCGAAAACAGCGAUGAUAACUACAGCCUGUAUACAAUGAACGUAGAAAAUGGAAGCACGAACCUAAUAACAUCUGACAAAUAUUGCAUCACCGACUCGUCACCUAUCGAUGUCGAUUUGAUGGCCGUGUGCCGAAAAGGUAGAACGGCGAUAGAAGUUUGGAAUACCCAGCUAGGAAAGGUGAAGCGACAGAUAAAAGUGCCUCGAUCGUGGACGCAUACGUGCCUGACAGUCGACCACGAUAGCAUGAUUAUCGCUCGUGAUCAUUCGAAUACUCAUGGGAAGCUUAACGUCUACCGGUCGGACAAUGGGGAUAAAGUUCGCUCCAUUCCGUACAAUGGAACAAUUUACAGUCUGCAUGCGUUGUCGACCGGUCACCUCGUCAUUCAAUCAGCAGCCACUGAAUUGGUCAUCAUUAACGGGAUUGGAGCUACGCGUGCCACAAUCAACCACGAAAUCUGGCAGUGGGUACGGUGCGCCGUAGCGAGCGACGACUCCAUCAUCGUCGCCUACGGCAGGAUAGACGACCCCUCGGCGAUUUACGUGGACGCGUAUUCAUCCACCGGCGAGUUCGUCGAGCACGUGACGAAACAUCGAUGUCGCCCGUCGCUUGAUCACAUCGCGGUGGUCGUGACGAGGUCAGGCAAAAUCGUACUCCAGAACGGUGGCGAUGUUGUAAUCUACGAUCGCCUGAUUCCGCUUAUUCCCGUGGCCACGCCAGUCAGGUCUACCGACGUCAUUUCGAGGUUGUCGACGUCAUCACCGCCACGAUCGCCGACUCGCCGAACUAUUUUCAUGUGCAUACCUACAUGAUGCAAACUAGAAUGCACAUAUUUAACAAUUGUUAGUUAUAUCGUUAGUUGAUACAAUUCUCAAUGUUUAUAUAAUGACAUAUUUAGUUAUUUGGGACUUAUCCUUUCUCGAAAUGAAUUUCGAUCAUUCGGCGUUCUGUCACAAGUUUUCACCGAUGAUGUCUUGUUUUGGGGAUAUGACUUGUAAAAGCUUAACAUAAAUCAUGUUAAAGAAGUGACCAGAGACGAAAAUCAGGGGAUUUUUUUUUUCAUUCAUCACUUAUUUUACAAGAAAUAAUUACAGUACAUUCACUUUGUUAUCAUUGAAUUAUCCACUUGUCUUUGUAGAUCUAAAUCUGUAUGACUAUUUAUGGAGGCCGCAUGGCCAUGAUGAUUGAAAUAUGUAUCGACAGUUCAGGAAGAUUCACAUAGACUUAUUUAAAGUUUUUAUUAUUUUACUCAUAAUUUAUGUGCAAUAUGUAUCAGUGAGAACACAAUUUAGAAUGUAUAUUGAUGGUGCUGUAUAAUAUGGAGAAAAUAUAAUGUAUUAAUAACAUAAUUAUCGUCUGUUCUCUUUACUUAAGCAAAUUGUAUUGAUUUUCUCCUGAAAUGGCUUUAAACUAAUCAGAGUAGGCCUACAUGAUGCAGCGGGUAGUAUUCUUUUCAUAUACGUUCUUACAAGUGUCGUUUACAUUAGUCGUUUCCUUGCAAACGUAAGCCAUGUUUACACGGUACCGUCGUAGUUAUGUAUUAAAACAUUAAAGGGGAAGUCCACCCUAAUAUCAAGUUGGCUUUAAUAGAAGCAGAAAAUGAGAGAAACAUAUUAUUGAAAGUUAGAGCAAUAUCAGAUUAAAACAAGGUAAGUUAUGACUUUUUGAAGUUGUCAUCAGUGAAUUACAAAUUGGCAACACUGUGACGUAUCUUGCGAGCCCCUCUCUAAUUUCCAUGGUAUAGAACAUUUCAUAUUCUUAUUUUUUGACGACGAAAUAGAUUUCUUUCAUAUAUGGGUUGUAUACAAAUAUAUUUGCAAUAAUGAUAUUUAGGGUGAAUGUAUGAUUGGACAUUUUUUAAAGGGAAAAUGUAGAUUUGUAAAGUUCGUUAGUACAUACCGAUUGGGAGGGGAGCUCGCAAGAUACGUCACAGAGUUGCCAAUUUGUGUUUGGUUGAUUGCACCUUCAAAAAUGUUUAACUUUCUUAUUUUAAUCUGUUUUUGUUUAAAUCAAACUUUCACUGAUCUGUUCCAUUCAUUGUAUUGAUUUUAUUAUGAACAACUUCAUAUCAAGGUGGAUUUCCUCUUUAAGUUAACAGCAAUCCAUUAACCACGAAGGGUGUUUACACGGGACCGAUACAACGAGUAUAUUAAAUUAACUACAACUUCAAGCUAGGGACAGUAUUUAUUUUUAUUGCAAGCUGGCGUAACCUCAUAGUUAAUCGCGUCCUUAUAUAACUUUCAGUGAGGAACCUUUUACCUUUAUCUUUAAAAUUUAUCGUGGUUGUAACUUCAACUUCACUUAAAGUUUCGAAACUACGAGUGCGUCCACACGGUCCCUAACAAAAUGAUAACUUCGAAGUUUAUACAUAUUAUCUUAACUUCAAGUUAAUAGACCUUCAAGUGAACCUUGCUAUUAUAUUCUUCGUUCCUUGUAAUCAUCAACAUCGGGCUAUAAACUCUUCUUGAUUCUAGAUCUGUGCUUUCUCAGCUCCCGGAAAUGUCCUUAAAGAGAAAGUUGAGUUCUGGGAAGA